AAUUUCCAAAGUCACAAGUCAUAUUUGUAUUGUGUUGAGACCAGUAGCUGGUGGUUGUGGUAAAAGUGUUGCAUACAAGUGAAGUGUCGUGUGAAUAGAAUGUGGCAACCACAUUAUACGAACGUUGCAUACGUGCUACUCUUCGCACUUUGUCUCAGUAUUUGUGUUGAAUACACACAAGCCAUACGCAUACCAACGGAGCUUCGAAAUUAUAAUGACAAUAAAAGUAAUGGCACAUCAAUUAACGGGCGCAUCGUGGGCGGUGUAGUGGCCGCAGAGAGUGCCGCACCCUAUCAAGUGCUAAUCAAAACCGUCUGGGAUUCGCAUGUGUGUGGUGGUGCUAUCAUAUCGGAGCGUUGGAUACUCACAGCCGGCCAUUGCAUGGAAGAUUUUCCAAUCGAAUCAUUGCGGAUUGUUGUUGGCACGAAUACGUGGAGCAAAUCGGGUGUAACAUUCCGUCCGGAGCUCGCCUAUCGUCAUUGCCGUCAAGAUAUGCCAAUGUAUCAGAAUGAUAUUGCCGUGGUGCGUCUGAACGGCACUAUACAAUUUAAUAAUGUCACACAACCGAUUGAGUUGCAUACGCAACCGCUUAAAGCUGGCGAUCUGGUCACAAUGACCGGCUGGGGUAGUCCACUUUUGAAUUCGCCUAAUACCGAGCUGCUGCAAACGCAAAACUUUACCGUUGUCUCUAGAGAGGAGUGUUUGGAGCGUUGGGAGCAUCAUACGGGUGUUGGUUAUGGUCACAUUUGCACAUUCAGUAAAAAGGGUGAAGGCGCCUGCAAUGGCGAUUCGGGCGGUCCUAUUGUGUAUGAGGGGAAAUUAGUUGGUCUGGUCAAUUGGGGUGCACCCUGUGCGAUGGGCAAGCCGGAUAUGCAUGCGAGUGUCAUUUAUUAUCGGGACUUCAUUGAACGUUCGUUGGAGCAAUGUACGCGUCAGCGGUCGUAAAGGAGUUGUUGCAACGCGAUGUGACUGUGAUUUUUUGGGACUUUAAGAAUGCAAUAAAAUAAACUUAUUUAUUUAUAAAAACAAUAAAAUAUAAUAGUUAUUUAUUUAAAAA